AUGGGUAUUGGUUGUUAUCCAGUGCAAGCAGCUUUACUUGCUUUUAAUCAUGAAGAACCAGAAUUAGUUACAGCUACAGGUCAUACAAGAGAAUUUGAAGAUGAAAUAACUGAUACAAUGGCUAGUAUAACAUUAUUAUUUAAAAAUAAUCGUAUGGCUGUUCUUAAUUAUCUCGGUCAAGAUAUCGGAGCAAUUCAUUCAUUAACAAUUCAUGAAGCAGAGGAUAAAAAUAAAAUUUUUCUUCCGACUGAUUUUUGGACUCCAACUCGAAUUGUAUUACCAAAUGGUCAUCAUGUUGAACAUCAUUUACCUGAAACAAUAAAAAAACCAAAGUGGAUAAAUUCAGCUGGUUUUCGUUAUGAAGCAAUUGUAUGUCGUGAACAAAUCAUGAAUGGAAAAAGUGAACAUCCUUUCAUGACACUUGAAAAUUCGUUGCAAAUAGCUCGAAUUAUUGAACAAGCGCGAAAACAAGUUCUUUCAUCCAAACAUUAA